AUGAAUUUUGGUCCACCCACCUCUAAGUUGCCAGAAUUGGUGGAUUUUUGGUGCUUUGUUGAUGAUGGUGUUCCCUCAUGGGAAAAGAAGUUCUGCACUUUGAUUGGAUCAGUACCGUGGCGGAAGGUUGUAGAUGCUAAGAAGUAUAUGUAUUGUCAUGGUAACAUACUCGAUUGGGAUGACUCAGCUUGUGAAGAGGCAUUUCAGAAUGCUAAAAAACGCUUCUGGGCAGAGAUGAAUGGUGUCUCUUGUGGCAUCUCUCCACCUGAUCCAAAUAUAUAUAUUGAUGAAGUAAACUGGAAUCCCUACAUUGAUUCUGAAGUCAUCAAGGACUUAGAGCGAGAUCUUUUUGUUCCUGAUGAGGGAGAUAAAGGUGGCAAGGUAGGGCGUAAAAACAAAAAUAAAAGGAACUUUGUCUCCAUCCCUUCAGAUGGAUGUUAUGAGAAUACAGAUGAUGUUAAAAAUCCUUGGGAAAGUAACAAAAAUAUGCAAAGCAGUGUGUCUUUGACUGAUAAAGUGAAGAGCUGGAACCAAUGGGAAUCUAAUAUCAACACAUCAAGUAAUUUAAAUAAUGUUGAUAACCCCUGGGAGCGUGGCCUUUCUCAGGAAUAUGAAGCUGUGAAAGGCAAGACAUGGGGUGUCUGUGAGAAUAAAUCAUGGGGAUGGAACCAUGUUGAUAAGUCAAAUUAUUCGAAUAACAGCAGCAACACUUGGAAGCGUGGCUGUCAAGGAGUUGACUCUGCAAAGAGCAAAGGAUGGGUCAAUAUAAGGGAUAGUUCUUGGGGCUUUAACCAGCAGGAAUCAAGGAAAUGGAAUAGUGGCUGCAAUUCUAGGGGAAAGAGCUUUAUUCAGGGUAGUGGAGCUUCAAAAGAUAGAAGAUGGGGUGAUAACAGCGGCAAUUCUCAGGGUUGGAAACAGUGGGAUAAUUAUGGUAAAGAUACAAAAGAUUUGGACUUUAGAAAAUGUGGUGGUGAUUGGGGAACCCGGAACGAAGGUUCCUCGCAGAGGGAAAGUACCCACCAACAUAUAAUUGGCUAUGAAGGCACAAGGUUUCAAGGGGAUGGUUAUCAAACAGGUCAUUCCUGGAGUGGAGGAAGAACUAAGAGGAGGGUUAGUUAUGCUUUUGAAUAG